GGACGAGGCGGGGGGUGCCGGCUCUCCCGGAAACAGCGCCGGCCGGCGGCAGAACGGCGGGGGCUGCCGCGGUGGGAAGUCGCCUUUGAGUCCCUGCGCGCUUGCCGCCGCCGGCUUGGCGCGGUGCGGCGGGCGGCAUGGAAGCGGUGCCCCGUGAGGAGAAGCCCAACCCGCUGCGGGAUGCCAACCUCUGCUCCCGGCUCUUCUUCUGGUGGUUGAAUCCCUUAUUUAUUAUUGGCCAUAAACGGAAACUUGAAGAAGAUGAUAUGUAUCAAGUGCUGCCAGAAGAUUCCUCAGAGAAGCUUGGAGAGGAAUUGCAGUGGUACUGGGAUAAAGAGGUGCAAAAAGCAAAAAAGAGAGGAAAAACGCCACAUUUAACAAAAGCCAUUAUUCUUUGUUACUGGAAAUCCUAUUUAGUUUUUGGAAUUUUCACAAUGAUUGAGGAAAGCCUCAAAAUAAUUCAGCCCAUAUUUUUGGGAAAAAUUGUUAAUUAUUUUGAAAACUAUGAUUCCUCAGAUGAGGUAGCUUUGAAGUUUGCAUAUUGCUACGCAGCUGCACUGUCUGUGUGCACGCUUAUUUUGGCUAUAAUGCACCACUUAUACUUCUAUCAUGUACAGCGGGCUGGCAUGAAGCUGAGGGUGGCUAUGUGCCAUAUGAUUUAUCGGAAGGCACUUCGUCUCAGUAACGUAGCCAUGGCGAAAACUACCACUGGUCAAAUAGUAAAUCUUCUGUCGAAUGAUGUGAACAAAUUCGAUCAGGUAACGAUUUUCUUGCACUUCUUGUGGGCUGGACCAAUUCAAGCCAUAGCAGUAACAGUACUUCUCUGGGUGGAGAUAGGCCCAUCGUGUCUUGCAGGAAUGGCGGUUCUGAUUAUUCUUCUUCCCGUCCAGACCUGCAUUGGGAGGCUUUUUUCUUCCCUAAGAAGCAAGACGGCCGCCUUAACCGAUGUCAGGAUUAGGACCAUGAAUGAAGUCAUAAGUGGUAUGAAGAUAAUAAAGAUGUACGCUUGGGAAAAAUCAUUUGCGGAACUUGUGAAUGGUUUAAGAAGGAAGGAGAUUGCCAUGGUUAUGAAAAGCUCCUACCUUCGAGGACUGAACUUAGCCUCUUUCUUUGUGGCAAGCAAAAUAACAGUGUUCAUGACGUUCAUGGCAUAUGUGCUGCUCGGCAACGCCAUCUCUGCAAGCCGGGUGUUUGUUGCGGUGUCCCUGUAUGGUGCAGUAAGACUGACAGUAACUCUCUUCUUCCCGGCGGCUGUUGAGAGAGUAUCCGAGGCGGUGGUCAGCAUACGACGAAUAAAGAACUUUCUGAUGCUUGAUGAAGUCUCACACUUCAAGCCACAACUGCAUGGUAAUAAUGAGAAUAUCAUUCUUCAUGUUCAGGAUUUGACUUGCUAUUGGGAUAAGAGUUUAGAAAGCCCAGCACUUCAGCAACUUUCAUUUACUGUCAGACGAGGGGAAUUAUUGGCUGUGAUCGGUCCUGUAGGAGCUGGAAAGUCUUCACUCUUAAGUGCUAUACUUGGUGAGCUGCCUAAAGACAAAGGUUUGAUAAACGUUACUGGAAGAAUCGCCUAUGUUUCUCAGCAGCCUUGGGUGUUUUCUGGUACAGUAAGAAGUAAUAUACUGUUUGACAAGGAAUAUGAGAAAGAAAAAUACGAAAAAGUUUUAAAAGUCUGUGCUCUUAAAAAGGACUUGGAAUUAUUAGCAGAUGGUGACUUAACUGUAAUAGGAGAUCGUGGAGCUACGCUGAGCGGGGGACAGAAGGCCCGUGUAAAUCUGGCCAGAGCUGUGUAUCAGGAUGCAGACAUCUAUCUCUUGGAUGAUCCGCUGAGUGCAGUAGAUGCUGAAGUUGGGAGACAUUUGUUUGAAAAAUGUAUUUGUCAGGCCUUACAUCAGAAGAUCUCUGUUUUGGUCACUCACCAGUUGCAAUAUCUCCGGUCUGCAAAUCAGAUUCUAAUUUUAAAAGAUGGUAAAAUGGUGGGGAAAGGUACCUAUUCAGAGUUCCUGAGAUCUGGCGUCGACUUUGCUUCCCUUUUGAAAAACAAUGAGGAGGCAGAACAGCCAUCGGUUCCAGGAACCCCCAACCUGAAGUCUGCCCGGAGCCGAACCUUCUCAGAGUCCUCUGUCUGGUCCCAGGAUUCUUCUGUCCCCUCACAGAAAGAUGGACCAGUGGAACAACCACCUGCUGAAAAUGCACUGGCUGCAGUGCCAGAGGAGAGUCGCUCGGAGGGAAAAAUCAGCUUUAAGCUUUACAGAAAAUAUUUCACUGCAGGAGCAAACUGCUUUGUGAUUUUUAUACUUUUAGUGUUCAAUAUUUUGGCACAGGUGGCCUAUGUUCUUCAGGACUGGUGGCUUUCUUACUGGGCAAAUCAUCAAGAAAAGCUGAAUGUCACAACAAAUGGAAAUAAUGGAGCAAAUGAGACUGAACAUCUAGACCUUAACUUUUAUUUGGGAAUUUACGCAGGUUUAACGGUGGCUACAAUACUGUUCGGCAUAAUAAGAAGUCUUCUGGUGUUUCAAGUUCUUGUUAAUUCCAGUCAGAAUUUGCACAACAAAAUGUUUCAGUCCAUUUUGAAAGCUCCUGUCUUGUUUUUCGACAGAAAUCCUAUAGGAAGAAUCUUAAAUCGUUUCUCCAAAGAUAUUGGCCACCUGGAUGACUUGCUUCCACUGACGUUUCUGGACUUCGUGCAGACUCUCCUACAGAUUUUUGGUGUGGUGGCUGUGGCUGUGGCAGUGAUUCCUUGGAUACUCAUCCCCUUAAUUCCACUAUUUAUUCUUUUCAUUUUUCUCCGACGAUAUUUCUUAGACACUUCAAGAGAUAUUAAACGUCUAGAAUCCACAACUCGAAGUCCAGUCUUCUCCCACUUGUCAUCAUCCCUCCAGGGACUUUGGACUAUUCGGGCUUUGAAAGCAGAGGAAAGAUUUCAGAAAUUAUUUGAUGCACACCAAGACCUCCACUCAGAGGCCUGGUUUCUAUUUUUGACGACCUCGAGGUGGUUUGCUGUGCGUCUGGAUGCCAUCUGUGCCAUUUUUGUAAUAGUGGUUGCUUUUGGUUCCCUGCUUCUCGCCAACACUUUGAAUGCAGGGCAGGUUGGUUUGGCGCUGUCCUACGCAAUCACCCUCAUGGGAACAUUCCAGUGGGGUGUUAGACAAAGUGCUGAAGUCGAAAACCUGAUGAUAUCAGUAGAAAGAGUAAUGGAAUACACAGAACUUGAAAAAGAAGCUCCUUGGGAGACCAACAAGCGUCCACCACCUGAAUGGCCAAGCCAAGGAAUGAUAGCAUUUGAAAAUGUUAACUUCACUUACAGUCUAGAUGGACCUCUGGUGUUAAGACACUUGUCUGUUGCAAUUAAACCAAAAGAAAAGGUUGGAAUAGUGGGAAGAACCGGAGCUGGGAAGAGCUCUCUGAUAGCAGCUCUCUUUCGCUUGGCAGAACCUGAAGGAAGGAUUUGGAUUGACAAGUACUUGACGUCAGAGCUAGGGCUCCACGACUUGCGGAAGAAAAUUUCCAUUAUACCUCAGGAGCCUGUUUUAUUCACUGGAACUAUGAGGAAAAACUUGGAUCCUUUCAAUGAAUACACCGAUGAAGAGCUGUGGAAUGCCUUGGAAGAGGUGCAACUGAAGGAGGUUGUGGAAGAUCUACCUAAUAAAAUGGAGACGCAGCUGGCAGAAUCUGGGUCUAAUUUUAGUGUUGGUCAGAGACAGCUGGUGUGCCUUGCCAGAGCAGUUCUAAAAAAAAAUCGGAUCCUUAUCAUCGAUGAAGCAACAGCAAACGUGGAUCCAAGAACAGAUGAGUUCAUUCAAAAGACGAUCCGUGAAAAGUUUGCUCACUGCACAGUGCUGACCAUUGCACAUCGCUUGAACACCAUUAUUGACAGUGACAGGAUUAUGGUUUUAGAUGCAGGAAGACUGAAAGAAUAUGGUGAACCGUACAUUUUGCUCCAAGAACAAGACGGCUUGUUUUACAAAAUGGUGCAACAAGUGGGCAAGACUGAAGCGGCUUCUCUGAUUGAAACAGCAAAAAGGGUGUACUUCAGUAAGAAUUACCCAGAAGUGGUUCAGAAUGGCCAGCUUGCCACAGAUUCCUCCCUGGACCCUUCCUCAGGAUUAUGCAUAACUGAAACUGCACUGUGACCCCUCAAAACCGUAACUGUUUUCCAUAGAAUGUAAAGCCGAGAUCAUCUAAACUCAGUGACAAGGUUUGCAAGUGUCAACAAGAUUGGGAAGAGAGGGAGCGAUUCUUUGCACUGGACGUCCUUCCUAUUUAAUACUGAGAAGAAGAUUUUUUGCUGUCCCCCUUUCUUUCAUUUCAGUGCAAUAUGUUUUUCUUUCAAAUUAAUUAUGUUUGUAUUGCCAAGGAAAUUAGGCAGACUCGGUUUUUAUUUGAAAGUUAUGUGGUAGAAAUCUCGUUUUAUUUAAACAGGUGCAGGACACCUAACAGGUCUAGGGUGCAUAUUUGGAGCCUAUUAAAAAAAAAAUUGGAAUGCAUCCUUUUUCUUUUUUGGAAAUAUUUGGAGAACAAGCAAAACCAAAGGGGUUUUUUUCAGUGUCACUUCAGCACGACAGCUGUGUCUCAACAGCAGGUUCGGUAGUGUGCACCUUAGUUGUCUAACGCAGCCGUCCUUCUGCCUGUCAUAAGUAGCUAUGCAGGUUGGUAGAAAAAAGAACAAGCCAAAAAUACUUCUUUCUUUUUGAUAGCAAAAAGUACUAUAUACUUUGUUUUUGAUAAAUAAUUCAAGUAAUGCUGUUCAAGAUGAAUGUAAAUAUUAGUUUUAUUUUGCUAAAAUCCAAAUGCUGAAAAAUCAGUCUGUCUUCUAUACUGUAGAAGAAAACCUCUAUACUUUAGAAGAAAAUUACCACAUUUGCACUGAAGAAAUAUUUAAAUAAUUUAACGUACAUUCCUUUUUUUUUUAUCCAGGUUAUCAAAGAAAAAAGGUAUUAAAAUAACUUGAGGAAACGUUUGAAUGACAUGUCAUUAUACCUAAAUACUGUGUAGUACAAAGUUAUCUUCAACACAACACAUUGAAAUGUAUACGUUAUUUGCAUUUAUUGUGCCUUAAUAUUUGUGCCUUCAAGCCAAAGUUGUAACUGCAGGGUACACAACAAAUUCAUUAAAUAUAUGUUAAAAAUAUUUAACCUUAGUGUAUUUAAAGUUUUGCAUCGGGGUUCCGUUGAACUCGAGCUGUUUGAAGUUGGCAUCUUAUUGGAAUAGGUAGGAAAGUACAACCUGUAGUUUCAAGUGGUUCUUGCUGAUAGUGAGAAGAAUGUAGUGAGAGGUUCGGUAUGAAUAACUUAUGUCCUGAUUCAGCAAAGCACUUUAACACAAAGGCACUAUUCCCAUGCUUUAAAAAAAAAGACAAAAAAUCAAGGAAGUGCUGUGCUGCUUCAGAUUUUUUCAUGUUUCUGGAGAUACCUUCUCCCUGAGGUCCAGUGGAAAGUAAAUCUAUUCAUCUCACUCUUUAAAGGUCACAGAAGAGACUAAAGGGCAACAGAUCUCUUCAGGACAUGCCAAAUACUGUGCUUUCGAGAAAAAAAAUGCUGAUGAUGCUUGCUGUUACCUUUGUAAGACAAAUGUUCACCCAGUGGUCUAAAAAUAAGGCAAACAUGAAUGUUUCUCAUAUCAAGAAGUUCCACGAGCAAAUAACCAAUUCAAAUUUACUCUCCCCUUGUCCAGAAGUAGAUUGAGGUCAAAGGCUGUAUGAGGACUCAUCUAGAAGGACUUUGUCCCAUGCAGGAAUUCUCAUUCCCCCUUUGCAGCAUCUUCCCUGCAGUGAGGCUCAGAGGUUUGCUGUCCUGCGGUGGCAUCCCAGGAGAGAGAGGAGGACCUCGUACUACCUGCAGUGCCACCAGCCAGCUUCCCCUGCUGGGCUGCAGGUUAAAAACAGCAUCAAGCCUCUUGUUUUGUUGGUAAUGUCCCCUUCUGUCAUUGGGAGGAAGCUACAAAAUAAGAUGCUCUUGUCCUUAGCUUGCUUUUGGCAGGUUCUGACACUUCUGUGGUGUGGAGCAUCUUACACUAGAACGAAUCCCAAGGAAGUCAGUGGGACUGAACUUCAUGCAGUGAUGUGCACACUGAGGCUUGUGCUACGUCUGGUGCUAAACAGCACAUGGUCAUGGACAGCUGCCUGUCCCCAAAGCCAUGUCACACAGAUUGUGAGCAGUGCUUAUGGACAGUCCUUAGACCACAUCAGCAUAUCCACUUUUCUGUGUCACUUGGUCCUUGGUCUUCUGCAGGCUCAUGCAGUCCACUUACAGACCUAGAACAUGGUUAUCAUCUAGUGUGUUUCGUUGUGCCUUCCUUUUCAUUUCAAAUUGUCUGAAAAUAAGGAUAUUCUGCAGCUCAGUACGGUGGUGUUUGUAUUGCAGAGGUAUGUGAAGAUGUAGAAAAGUUUUGAGUGCAAAGAGUCACUUGGGAUAAUGCUGGGGGACUGUGUCGCAUGAAGAAAGUUCGGCCUUGCAUGGUCUUGUCUGUAACUGCCUUUUUGAAAGGGAUCCAUGGUGUGGGCCAUGUCCAAGCUCUACUCAAGCUUUGUCGUGCAGAGACAUUGGUGGAGUGGUCCAAAAACAGAGCUAGGGUGGGCUGACCAGUAAGACAGUGUAGACACUUAAUGGAGUCUGAUGCUUGAGCUCAUUUGUUUGCCUUUUUAAUUGAGAAGUUUGGACAUACCCAGAGUCUAACUGUGUUUUACAAUAGUGAAUUCUUUUAAUUUCUAAAUCAUUAGUUCUUACAAGAUAGUGAGUAUGAUGUAUAAUACACUGAGAGUUUUAAAUACUCUUAAGAGAACAGUACGUUCUUCUGGCUGUAUACCUUGAAUUUAUAUUUUUUUCUACCAGAACCAAGGAGAUACACAUGUGUAAACCAAGGGUGUAAUUACAGUUUUAGUUCAUUUUGGUUUUUAAAUGAAUCUAUGGUGAGUUACAUUACAGAGGAGAGCUGCAAAACACUGGCUGCUGCAGACUCACUGGUAUGAGACCCUGACAGAUCCAGCUAUCAGUCUAUGACCCAGAAUUAAUUUGACCCUAUAGCUUUUUGAAUGCGCACAAAAAUGUCAGGUAUCUCUGAAAAUGCUGAUUCUGCUUCUUCACGUGUUUUGUCAGGACAUUACUAGCUGUAGGUAUCAAAUAUCAAUGUGAGAGAAAACAAAUUUUUUUACAAAAUCACACUUGGAAACCAUAAAUUGCAGGUAGAACAAUGGAUAACAAGUCAUUUAUGUCUGUUGUUGACAUUAUUUAGAUCUUUUUAGUUUAAAGGAACAAAUAUUUUAAUCAGGAAAUUGGUUUUUAGAUUCUUUUGUUGGUUUUGUUGUUGAUAGUUGCUUUGUUUAUGUGACUAUUGGUUAAGAUUGACUGACCUGUUUAAUUUCAGUUGAGUAAAAAAGUGCCAUAUACCGGAAUGGCAAAACUCGGGUCAGGGAUGAGAAAGACCUUCCUUUGGUGAAUGUCUUGGUCUGUUAAAUGGACAAAUUACCUUUUGGGCAAGGUGUUUGAUGUUUCCUUUUACAGAAAAGUUCAAAUAGUUCUAAACUUCCACUUUGAAAAUGUCCAUGCUUUAUUUGGAAACAGCAGUGCUGGUUGCUGUAAGCUACAUUCCUACCUGGAGAUCUUGGAAAAAGAAGUGAGUUAUUCAAGCCUUUAAAAUACUUCUUCACCAUGAGGUGCCUUAAAGUAUUCCAUAGUCUUAUUUCUAAUGAAUAAAAUUUUAUACAGUAAUACGGAAAAUCAUCAGUUGUUUUCUGCGACAGGCUAGGAACGGCCUCUACUUCUAAUCCCAAGAAUUGUUCUUCAGACAUUCAUUUUGGUCUAGCUUUGCUCCACCCCUCCUCAAAAGACCACUGGGAGAGUCAAAACCAACACAGUUCUCAAGGACAGGUUAUCUCUUGCUUAUUUUAAGGGCAAAAUUCUCUUUAGUGAACUGAACCAAAGCUCAUUCGCCAGACAUUGUCUUCUGCGAUGCCGUCUGUGCGGCCCUUUGGAAGGGAGAAGACCUUUUGACCAACAUCAGUCAUGCUGGUUGGUUAAGUGAUGUUGGCGGUUUAUUUCAGGCUUCCCAAUACCUGUUCAAGAUGGCGGAAAGAACCAGAAGGGUACAAAAGACUUAAACAGGAUAGAAAUUCUCCUGAAAAUGCUUUUUGUGUUAAUCUGACCCUUUGAAAUAUCUCACUUUAAGUUUUCCUUGGGGCAGGGCAAGGGGGAGAGGAAAAAAAUCUAUACGACUUAUUUCCUGGGAUGGCGAUGAGCAUCUGACACUUUAGCAGAAGAACAUGGCUUUCUGUGUAUGUUUUACAUUGCAUAACAACGCACUGCUUUUUCAUUUUAACUCUGGUUUUGUUUGGUUUUGGUGUUUUGUUUUGUUUGCAUCUGUGUAAUAAUUCAAUUAUUUUUUUUUAUUGCUAUGGAAUGAUUUCUUUUGUCGAUGUUCAUGUGACAACUGCUGUCAUACAAUAAAUGGCGUUUCUCAGAA